AUGCAUUGUGCGGUGAGUGUAUUGAAACCUAUGUCUAGCGUCAAUCCUGAAAAAAUGACACGAUUGAAAGCCCCAUCACCAAAUUCGGAAAAAUCGUCAUUCUCCACUGGUGCUGAAAAAUCUCUCGAUCGGUGUGAAGUGGAUUUAGACCACAGCAAAGCUGCAGAGUUUACCUUCAUCCAUGUGAGCAAUGGAAGAGGUCCAAGAACCGAAGCUCGUAGCCAUGUCAUGCGCGAGUUUUGGCGAGAGAAAAAGUUGCAAAAUGCCAAGAAAGCUAGAGAGCAUCGGAGGAAAGAUUCAUGGAGUCUGAGGCCAAGGAUAUCGAAACGUAGAGAUUUGCAGGAUACUCCGCGUCAUCACUCGGAUGUUAGAAAUCCGGAAGAUUGCGUUGAAUCAUACAUGGAUGUUGAAGAGCCUGAUGAAGGUUGUGCUCGUGAGGCACCAAGGACAAAAACGACCCAUACAAAGGUCCAAAGACUACCGGGAAAUUGUAACACGCUACUCAAACCAUUUGCCAAAGAUGGGCAGACAGUCAUUCCUCUGUGUAGGACGGGAAUCGCAGAUGUAGAUCCUUUCUCAAGAUUAAAACUUGGCGGAGGUCCAGGAUUACAAAGGCUAAUCCAUCACUCAUCGUGUAUGGAUAAAGAGACGACAGGUACAGAUUUUGGUCGAGUUGGAUGGCUAUAUUCAAGAGUCUCCUGGCUUGACCCUGAACCCGCUCAUAUCGUUAUGGGAUUUAAUAUCCAACACAUGGCUCGACUUCAUGGCCAACAAGAACCACCUAUUGCUAUUAAACAUAAAACCGAGGGUAUGCGCAUCAUCAAUAAGAGACUCAAUGAUCCCGCACAAGCUCUUUCUGAUGGAAGUAUUGGAGCUGUUGCAAAUUUCACAAGUCAUGAGCUACUUUCCGGUCUUCCCGAAAAUUUCAGUAUUCAUAUGAAUGGACUGGACCAAAUGGUUAAAUACAGAGGAGGUCUUGUCGCCUUUUCUAGGAAUAGACCUUUGCAGCUUGUGAUUGAGAGUCUCGACCUAUGUAGAGCCUAUAUACAAGUUAGCCGGCCAAUAUACUCGAGAUAUGAUAAAAACGCAACCGAAGAGUUGACAACAGCAAGCUCAGUUGGAGCCUCGAAGAUUCAAUGCGAAACCGCGAAGAUGCAAGCAAAGAAUGACUUUUGCACAGACUUUAUAAGGAUGGUUGAUGGUCUAGAAAGAGCAACUGGAGUUAUCAAAGAUGCCGCGCCCAACAUAACGUCCCUAGAACAAUGGAACAGUUUCAGUGAUCGCAUCUGCUCAGCAACCAUAGGUAUGAGCUGGCUUCACCCUACUGAACAAGCGAUAGACGAGAGACGCAGCAUCAUGUGGAAGUGUUUUCGGCUAGCAUCUCUGAUUUACCUCCAAAUGGCUUUGCAAGAAUUCAAUACCACGCCGCAGCUUCGUGGGAAAUAUUUCCAAGCCUGCAAGUAUCGGUUACUUGACAUGACUAGUGGCUGGUGCAGAGCCAUUGAGAUGCUUGCUCGUAUUAUAUUCCGAGGAGAGCGCUCGAAUGUAGAGAGACAUCGCAGAGCGUGGUACGUAGCCAACGCGAUUAUAGAGUUACAAGACAUUGGUCUCGAAACAUGGAAGAUAGUGGAAGGUACUCUAUUUACUUAUUUAGAAUCGUCGCCUGGAAAAACGGAGGGUGAAUCUACACCACCUACUGUGGCUCUGCGUAGCAACCUCGAUAUAUGCAGCGAGGAUUUUAAUCUGAAUGGUGGCGCGGGAUGGCUCGGAUCUCCUCUAUGA